AUUGUCUCAUCAUUGCAAGACAUUAAACAACUGCCAUUCUGUUGUCUUCUCAAGAUGGCUCAUGAGAAGAUCACAUGGAAAUGCAUCAUCCCAGGCUGUUACAAAAGCGCUGCACGUUUAGAAAACCGGUUGCAGACAGAUUGCAAAAGAGCACAAAUUCUAAAACAAAACCCUUUGCUGCAGAAGAGGCUUUCCCUCUCGGAUAUAAACGAUGAUCCCAGCUCAACGCUCUUUGCAGAUGAUCUUUCCAACUCUGUCAUCGGCCUUAAUCUUCAUGUUUUUUCGUUAGCGGAGCUUCGAGUUGUCACAAGUAAUUUCUCAUGGAGUAAUCUGCUUGGUGAGGGCGGGUUUGGACCGGUGUUCAAGGGGUUUAUUGAUGACAAGCUUAGGCCUGGAUUGAAGCCUCAGCCUGUAGCUGUCAAACUGUUAGACUUGGAUGGCUUGCAGGGCCAUAGGGAGUGGCUGGCAGAGCUCAUAUUUCUUGGACAGCUGAGGCAUCCUAAUCUUGUUAAGCUGAUUGGAUAUUGUUGUGAAGAUGAGCACAGGCUUCUUGUAUAUGAAUUCAUGGCAAGGGGAAGCUUAGAAAACCAACUUUUCAGAAGCUAUUCUUCUGCUCUGCCGUGGUCGAAAAGAAUGAAAAUCGCUGUUGGGGCGGCAAAGGGCCUAGCCUUCCUCCAUGAAGCCGAUCAUAAGCCUGUCAUAUUCAGAGAUUUUAAGACUUCAAAUAUUCUGCUGGACUCUGAUUAUACAGCUAAACUUUCAGAUUUUGGGUUAGCAAAGGAUGGUCCAGAAGGAGAAGACACACACAUAACCACACGUAUAAUAGGAACACAGGGGUAUGCAGCCCCAGAAUACAUCAUGACAGGUCGAUUGACAACCAAGAGUGAUGUGUAUAGUUUUGGAGUUGUUCUGUUAGAGCUGCUGACAGGUAAACGGUGCAUAGAUAAAACCCGCCCAAAUCGAGAACAGAACCUUGUAGAAUGGGCAAAGCCUCGCUUGAAGGACCCCAGAAAGCUCGACCGGAUUAUAGACCCAACAAUGGAGGGACAAUACUCCACAAGAGGGGCUCGAAAGGCGGCUGCAUUGGCUUACGCAUGCCUGAGCCACCAGCCAAAGAAUAGGCCAAUGAUGAGUGAUGUGGUCAUGAUCUUGGAGCCUCUUCAGAACUUCAAUGAGGGGUUAAUUGUUAGGCCAUUUGUUUAUGUAGCACCAAAUGAGGAGGAUAGUAAUAGUAGCAUACAAGGCAUUAUAACAAGUGAAGCACAAAAGGAUGGCAAAGAAAGUUGGAAGUAGUGUACAGUCUCCAAAUAAUUUGUAUUGAUUGAGAAGAAAGGAAUGACUCUGCUAACGUCAGUCAAUCAUUCGCACGAAAUUUCUGAUCGUUGAUACAUGUCGUCUCCGCAUCUCAUCAGCGGGCAACUGAACAUACCAUAUCUCAAUAAAGGAUUUCAAGAUUUCAUGACAGUGUAUUUUGCAAACUAGUAAUAAAAUAUGGUGAAAAGCCAGCAUGGAUAUGGUAAUGA